GUCCCUCCCCCUCCUCUCCCGCCCUCCCCACCUGACAGCCGCCGCACCGCGCAGCCCGGGGAAGAGACCGAGAGGGGAGGCCGGAGAUUGCGAGCAGGCCCUAAACUGGAGCCCGGCGCGGGCAGGUCAGUGACUAGAAACGCUGAGGCCAGGGAAAGCCCGACGACUAACUUUUUCGGAAGGUUGCUGGAUGUUUGAUGUGUGACGCAUGUACUCUUCUGGGCUCCAUAUCACUUUAGUACAUCUAUUGGAACUGUUCUAGCAGCUGUGAAACCAGAUCCAGCUGAGCAAGCUUUCUAGGGUGACUCGUUUUCUCUGAGGAGCCUAGAAGCAGACGGCUCAUGACUUCAGAUCAGGAUACUAAAGUUGUGGCUGAACCGCAGGUGCAGCAAGUCCAAGAAGCCAAAGACAGUUCUCAUCUUGAAUCAGCUAAGGUUUCAGAGUUAAACCCUAAUGCUAAAGUAUGGGGGGACCAUGUGUUACAUGUGGAAUCGGGCAGAGCUGCUGAUGGGACUGUGGAAGAAUCUGGAGGUUCACUGGGUAGCUCCUCCCAGGAUUGGCCCAAAGAAGGACUGGAUGCCAAUGGGGAUGGUGUCAGUGCAAUGUUAACACAAGACCCAUCUCCAUCAGUUUCCACGUCAGACCAAACAGAUAUGAAUACCGUAACUCUGGGAAACUCCGAAUAUGAAUCUAUGCAUGAAAUCUCACAUUCAGGAGGAAAUGAUCUACCGCAGCCAGAAGGGCAGGAAGAUCUGCGUGACGUUCUUAAGAAAACACUGGAAUUCUGUCUAUCUCGAGAGAACCUUGCCAGUGACAUGUACCUAAUAUCGCAAAUGGACAGUGAUCAAUAUGUGCCAAUUAUGACCGUAGCAAAUCUGGACCAUGUCAAGAAGCUAAGCACCGACAUGGACUUAAUAGUUGAUGUAUUGAGAUCUUUGCCUUUAGUCCAAGUGGAUGAAAAGGGAGAGAAAGUAAGACCGAAUCAGAAUCGGUGUAUUGUGAUUUUGCGGGAAGUUCCUGAGUCUACUCCUAUAGAAGAUGUAGAAGCCCUCUUCAAAGGGGAGAACUUGCCGAAAUUUGUUAAUUGUGAGUUUGCCUAUAAUGACAAUUGGUUCAUCACUUUUGAAUCCGAAGCUGACGCACAACAGGCCUACAGAUACCUGAGAGAAGAUGUGAAGACAUUUCAAGGGAAACCUAUAAAGGCGCGGAUAAAAGCAAAGCCAAUAGCGAUAAACACUUUUUUGCCAAAGAAUGGUUUUAGACCUUUGGAUAUGAAUUUGUACACACAACAACGCUAUACCACAUCCUUCUACAUACCUCCUCUGUACAGUCCACAGCAGCAGUUCCCUCUGUACAGCCUCAUUACCCCACAGACCUGGUCUACUGCACACAGCUACCUGGACCCAUCACUGGUAACGCCAUUCCCCAAUACUGGAUUCAUUAAUGGGUUUACAUCUCCUACUUUCAAGCCAGCAGCAUCACCUUUGACGUCUCUGCGACCUUACACACCUAGGAACAGGAAUCCUGGCAAGUCCCAUCUUCGGCAUACAAUACCAAGUACCGAGAGGGCCCCUGCACUUCUUGAUGGUCCAACUAUUUUCAACUUUACUACUGAUAGACUAAUCAAUGGUGUGCGUGGGCCUCAAGCGCGGCAACCCGGACAAACCAGAACAAGAAUGCCGAAUACAACAACAUUUAAAAGGGAUGUUGGUACAGGCCGUGUAGAACCUCCAACUAUUGAGAACUCCACUGGCCUCGGGAGGGGGAGGAAAACAUCUUAUGGCUUUAGGAAGAAGCGGGAUGACAAGUUUGUGAGAGGUCAGACACAGUCCCCUCCACCCAUGAAGCCCCCAUCUCCAAGUUUUGAACUGGGACUCUCUAGUUUCCCUCCUCUGCCUGGUGCUGCUGGUAACCUAAAACCUGAUGACUUUUUUGAAAGCAGACUUUCAAGCUUGGUGAUAAGCACAUCAAAAGAAAAGAAUGUUAAUGUGGAUGCAAGUACAAACACCAUCCCUUCUGGGAUUCCAAGGGAGCCACUAUUGCCAGUUCCCACUGCACUGCCAGUGACCUACCAGAGUCCUCCAUCACCAUCACAAUCACCAGAUGACUCCAAGAUAGCGGAUAUACAGCAGCGAGAGUCUCCAACUAUUGAAAGGAUUUCCACUACCCUUAGCACUGCUAGUAAAUCUGUUCAAGUCAACGGAGCUGCUACAGAGCUGAGAAAACCUAGCUACGCCGAAAUCUGCCAGAGAACAAGCAAGGAUGGCCCAGCCUUGCAGCCUUCUAAAGAACAGAAGAAUGUGGCUGUUUGUGUAAAAGCUGAAGGGAAGGUGACAGACCCUUCCAUAGAGAAAACCAGAGACACUCCUCCGGCAAAGUCUAGCACAGGACGACCCAAAGACCAGAGGAGACUGUCAGGUCGCAGGUCGCCGCCUCCUCCUCUGGCUAUUGGAAAACGUGGGAAUAAAGAACCCGGAAGUCCCGUUAAGUCCCCCCAGUAAAAACACUGGGAAGAGUAAGAACUAAAUAUCACACCUUAGUGAUCAUACCCCACCUGCGUUAUCACCGAAUGAGUCGCUGGAUAAGAGUGGGUCGUUAUGGACAUCUGUAACCGCUUCUGGCUUUUUUCAGGUUCUCAUUUAAAAAAAAAAAAAAUGCCAAUAUAAUACCUUGUGGCAUUCAGAUGCAUAGUCAAAGUUGUGUUUUUACUCUUUACGCCAAGUGGGUGUCAUAUCAAAAGACACGACCUACAGGACUCCCUACCCACAAGCGCCAAUGCUAAAGGGUCCCGUAAUUUGGUCGCAGUAGGUAACAUUAAUGCAAGCAAGUUAUUUACUAAA